CCUCUGCUGCAUACUAUGGAGGAAACCCCAAAUGCGAUUCCCACCACCAUCAAGGGGACCAUUCCCUCCUGGAUCAAUGGGAGCUUCUUGAGGAACGGACCUGGGAAGUUUGAGUUUGGAGAGGACAGAUACACCCACUGGUUUGACGGCAUGGCCUUGAUGCACCGGUUCCACAUCUGUGAGGGCAAUGUCACCUACAGCAGCCGCUUUCUGCGAAGUGACUCAUUCGUUCAAAACUCAGAGAGAAAUCGCAUUGUGGUGUCAGAGUUCGGCACACUCGCCAUGCCUGAUCCGUGCAAGAACAUCUUCGCACGCUUCUUCUCCCGCUUUCAGAUUCCCAGUAUGUGUGCCACCACAGAUAAUGCCAGUGUGAACUUUGUCAAGUACAAGGGAGACUAUUAUGUCAGCACGGAGACCAACUAUAUGAGACGAAUAGAUCCACAAAGUCUGGAGACGAAGGAGAAGGUGGAUUGGAGUCAGUUCAUUGCUGUUAACUCAGCCACAGCCCACCCCCACUAUGACCGUGAAGGGGCCUCAUACAAUAUGGGCAACUCCUACGGCAAAGGCGGUUUCUUCUACAACAUCAUCCGUGUGCCCCCUCCUAAGGAGAAGGAGGCGAAGGAGGACACAGUGGAUCUGAGCGGUGCUGAGGUCAUCUGCUCCAUCCGUGCGUCUGAACCCAGGAAACCCUCCUAUUAUCACAGCUUUGUCAUGUCAGAGAACUACAUUGUGUUCAUUGAGCAGCCGAUCAAGCUGGACCUGAUGAGGUUCAUGCUGUACCGAAUUCUGGGCAAGAGCUUCCAUCAAGUCAUGAGCUGGGAGCCCCAGUAUGAAACCAUCUUCCACCUGGUCAACAGGCACACAGGCAAGGAGAGUGAGGUGAGGUACCGCGCAGCACCCAUGUUCACGCUGCAUCAAAUCAAUGCUUUUGAGAAUGAUGGAUUCUUGGUCAUGGACAUGUGCUGCGGGGAUGACGGGGCGGUGAUUGCCGACUUCACACUGGAGAACCUCCGCAAAGGCCCAGGGAAGGAGCUUGAUGAGUUUUACAACGCGUUGUGCAGAAACCUUCCAAGGAGAUAUGUCCUGCCUCUGUCUGUGGACCAGCACACUCCCUUGGACCAAAACCUUGUCACUUUACAUUACUGUGCAGCUACUGCUACAAUGACAGGACCUGGAGAGGUCUACUUGACCCACGAGGAGCUGCAUAAUGACGAGCUGCUGCAGUACGGUGGUCUUGAGUUCCCACAGAUCAAUUAUGCCCACUACAAUGGCAGAAAUUACCGCUACUUCUACUCUUGUGGUUUUGGACACGUCUUUGCCGAUUCACUGCUCAAGAUGGAUGUCCACACCAAGGAGCUUAAGGUGUGGCGUCACCCUGGCCUCUUCCCCUCUGAGCCUGUAUUUGUUGCUGCACCCAAUGCCACUGAGGAGGAUGAUGGAGUGGUCAUGUCGGUCAUCAUCACACCCAGAGAAGAGAAAAGCACUUUCCUGCUUGUUCUGGAUGCCAAGACCUUCACCGAGCUGGGCAGAGCCGAGGUGCCUGUCAACAUCCCAUAUGGGACCCAUGGCGUGUUUAACGAGAUGGGCUAA